AUGAGCUUGGUUUGGUACGAUUCACCAGCUCCUGUCGGCUACUUCUUCACAAAGAUGUCGUCAUUUACGGUGAAAGUGCCGAAUAUUGAGAUCAAAUACACUAAAAUAUUUAUUAAUAAUGAAUGGCAUACGGCGACAAACGGCAAAACAUUUCCUGUUUUCAAUCCUAGUACAGGAGAAGAGAUUUGUCAUGUAGAAGAAGGCACUAGGGAAGAUAUCGACAAGGCAGUUGAAGCUGCUCGUGAAGCUUUUCGUAGUGAUUCGUUAUGGAGAGAAUUGGAACCGUCUGCACGUGGUGGUUUAAUGCGUAAAUUUGCUGAAUUACUUCGACGAGAUGUUGAAUAUUUGUCGCAAUUAGAAACACUGAAUAACGGCAAAACAUUAGUGAAUAGUGAAAUAGAUAUAAUGAAUUCAGCGGCUUGUAUUGAUUAUUAUGCUGGAUGGGCAGAUAAAUUCACUGGUGAGACGAUUCCGUCGACACCAGAUCUAUUUAUUUAUACACGUCACGAGCCAGUUGGUGUCUGCGGGCAAAUUAUUCCAUGGAACUAUCCGGUAUUAAUGCUGGCUUUGAAACUAGGUCCAGCUUUAGCUUGUGGUAAUGUCGUUAUCUUGAAGCCAGCAGAAGAAACACCACUUACAGCUUUAUACUGCGCUGCUCUGAUCAAAGAAGCUGGAUUUCCACCAGGUGUUGUCAAUAUUGUACCAGGUGAUGGACCGAAUUGUGGACACGCCAUUGUCGUUCAUGAACGUAUCGAUAAAGUGGCAUUUACAGGUUCUGUUGAAGUCGGUAAAAAGAUUCAAGAAAAUGCUGCCAAAUCCAACUUAAAACGAGUCACACUGGAACUUGGUGGAAAAUCGCCUUUGAUCAUCUGUGAGGAUGCUGACCUUGAUUUUGCUGUUUUUGUUGCACACGAAGCUAUCUUUCAUAAUGCAGCACAAAACUGUAUCGCUGCAUCACGUACAUUUGUACAUUCAAAAAUCUAUGAUCAAUUUAUCAACAAGAGUGUGGCACUAGCCAAAAUGCGAGUGGUUGGUGAUCCAUUCGAUGAUAAUACUCAGCAAGGUCCUCAAAUUAGUAAACAGCAAUUCGACAGGAUUUUGAAAUAUAUCGAAUUGGGUAGGAAAGCUGGUGCAAAACUAGAAUGUGGUGGCACAAAAGCCAACGAUCAAGGAUAUUUUAUUCAACCAGCAGUGUUCAGUGGUGUCAAGGAUGAUAUGGAAAUUGCUCGUGAUGAGAUUUUUGGGCCAGUCAUGUCUGUACUCAAGUUUGACUCGUACGAUGAAGUGAUUGAGCGAGCUAAUGCGACUCCCUUCGGUCUAGUCGCUGGUGUGAUUACAAAAGAUUUGACACGUGCUCUCAAGUUUGUUCAAGAAUUGCAAGCUGGUUCUGUUUGGGUGAAUACGUAUGGUGCAAUGAAAUUCCAAGCACCAUUCGGUGGUUUCAAACAAUCAGGUCAGGGUCGAGAGCUUGGUAAAUAUGGUCUUGAGCCUUAUUAUGAAGUGAAAACAGUGGCCAUGAAGCUUUUAUCAAAAAUGUGA